AUGGAAUGCCACCCUCUUGCAGCUUUGUGGCAGGGUGCAGGGAAGGGGCAUGAACUUUUUGCUGUUCUGUGUUCUUCCCUUGCCAGCAGGUCCCCAAACUAUUCGCUGACCUGGAUUCUGGUCCCUUGGAAACAGCGCUCACCUGACCGUGCAAUACUGCGUGUUGAUGGAGAGCACGACGUGGAGAACUCCAGAACGCCGCAAGCAUUGCACAUGGCGCUGCCUGAUGCCCACAUGCUCUCUUUGGGACAGGGGGAAUCAUACCCAAUGCUCUCCGUUUCUGUGUGGCUGGUGCCACUCAACCACUCCAUACGAUCAUGCCUGUCUCGUUUCUUUAACUUCUUCCCUAUUGUUCACUCGGUGGCUGCGCUGACAGGGCUCCCACGCCAGGCAAACGGACACACAGCACCAGAGGAAGUGAGCCGGACAACAGCCUGCCACAGCACCGCACCUGAGAGUGGGCAUAUCUGA